CGGCCGCAGUCCCCCCACCCCCGGGGCGGGCCGGGCCCGGCACUGCGCGGGGGGGCGGGGAGCGGAGCACGGCCGCCUGUGCGCUGCCUCCGCGCCCGCCGCUCCCCGAUCUCCCGCGGGGGCGGCUCCCGCGUGGCGUGCUCAGCGGCCGGUGCGCGGCGGAGGAGGGCAGGUGCCGCUGCGCGCCUGGGCGGGUGCGCGCGUGUACGUGUGCGUGUGCGUGUGUGUGUGUGUGUGUGUAAGGCGGGGCGGCGCGGCAGGCAGCCCCGCGCCGGCUGGUGCCAUCUGGGAGCCGGGGCGUGGAGCGGAGGAGGGCGCAGGAGGGGGACGAGCAUCCUCAAGGCCGAGGCUCCGUUUGUCUUUCCGAGCUCCGCGCAGGCGAGCGGGAGGCUCUUCGGUACCGUUACUGGCCAAGUACCUGCGGAUCGGCUUGCCUCCCCCUCGCUGGUUAUUUUUUUUGUUUGGUGGUGGGUUUGGUUUUUUUUUUAAUUAACCCUCCCUCAAAUCCAGGGAGACGCUUCUGAAGCGGGGCGAGCGCUGAUCUUACGUAAAUGGUGCUGCUCCAGGGAGGGCAGCCCCCCUGCCAGCCCCGGGCCAGGGGAGCGCCCCCGGGCGCCGCUCGCCCUGCCUAGCGGCCGGGCCCCUCGCUGCCGCUGCAGCCCGGCCUGAGAUCCGCACCGGCACCGGCGGGGGCGGGCGGCGAGCGGCAGCCGGGAGCCCCCAGCCCCGUCCUCGGCGGGUUUCGGCGCCUCCGCGGACCGGCUGCGGGGAUGAUGCGGCGCGUCGGACCCCGCGGCGGGGAGGGCGCUAUGUCAGAGAGAUAACGCGCCUCCGCCAGCAGCCCGGGGGCAGUCUCGGUGCCAGCCCCCCCCGGGACCUGGGAGCCGCUCGCCUCUCGGCGGCCGGACUGGCAGCGGCGGCGGGGCCGGGGAGCGGCGGGGCGAGGCCCGGCGGGGCGGGGGAGCGGCGGCUGGCCGUGCCGGGGCACCCCGCCUCCGGGGGGCAAGCGCCCGGGAGGCUGAGGAGCGCAGGCAGCAGAGGCGGGGAGGAGGAGGAGGGCAGCGCCAUGACUCAUUUGCAAGCGGGUCUCUCCCCGGAGACUCUGGAGAAAGCCCGGCUGGAGCUGAACGAGAACCCCGACACCUUGCACCAGGACAUCCAGGAGGUGCGGGACAUGGUGAUCACCCGGCCGGACAUCGGCUUCCUCCGCACCGACGAUGCCUUCAUCCUGCGGUUCCUACGGGCCAGGAAGUUUCAGCACUUCGAGGCGUUUCGCCUUCUGGCCCAGUACUUUGAAUAUCGCCAGCAGAACCUGGACAUGUUCAAGAGCUUCAAGGCCACAGACCCGGGCAUCAAGCAGGCGCUGAAGGAUGGCUUCCCCGGCGGGCUGGCCAACCUGGACCACUAUGGCAGGAAGAUCCUCGUCCUUUUUGCUGCCAACUGGGACCAGAGCAGGUACACACUGGUGGAUAUUUUGCGCGCCAUACUUCUUUCUUUAGAAGCCAUGAUAGAAGACCCCGAGCUUCAAGUGAAUGGAUUUGUUUUGAUUAUAGACUGGAGCAACUUCACUUUCAAGCAGGCCUCCAAGCUCACACCAAGCAUGCUUAGAUUAGCCAUAGAGGGCCUUCAGGACAGUUUUCCAGCUCGGUUUGGAGGAAUACAUUUUGUCAAUCAGCCGUGGUAUAUCCAUGCCCUCUACACGGUUAUACGGCCCUUUUUAAAGGAGAAGACACGAAAAAGGAUAUUCCUGCAUGGUAAUAACCUCAACAGCCUGCAUCAGCUAAUACACCCUGAGAUCCUGCCUUCAGAGUUUGGAGGAAUGUUGCCGCCCUAUGACAUGGGGACGUGGGCAAGAACACUGCUUGACCAUGAAUAUGAUGAUGACAGUGAAUGCAAUGCGGACUCCUACAACGCUCCUGCAAAGGAUAUAGAAAAGGACCUCUCUCCCAAAUCCAUGAAAAGGUCUCAGUCGGUUGUGGAUCCUGGGGUGCUGAAACGCAUGGAUAAGAAUGAGGAAGAAAACAUGCAGCCUUUGCUAUCACUUGACUAACAGUUCCUGAGAAUCGGACAUGAACUGAGGUGGAAGGCACUGCCUCUCAGCAGCAAGCAAACCAUUGGGAAAGAGGGUACCAGCUGGAAUCCUAUUUACUCAUGUUAAUGUAGCAUAAUGGCAGCAGGCAGCAGGUUUUACUAUUCUGCCUGAAUUCUGGAUGCCCUGGGGUGAAAAAGAAGAGGAGGAAAAAGGAAAAUAAAAUGAAAUAAAAAAUAAAGAGGAAUCAAUAAUUUAUUCUGUAAGUGCCAACUUGUUUGUAAAUACAAUAUAAUCCUCCAAUUUGACUUUGUAAGUUAUGGUAAACAAAUGCUAUGGAAAUGAGUGACUAUUAAAUAUGUCAGUGAAGUGCACCGUAGAAAAGAGAAGAAAACAUGUGCGCGCUCACACAUGCACACACAUACACACAGAGAAACACAUACUGGACAAGGAAAAAUAUCAAAGCAAAUUAAAUGUUGUCCUUACCAUAGGAAGCCAUAUUGCAGCUAGUGUAUUGACUGCUGUUUUGUUUUCUCUCUGCGAUGCUCAUGUAGAGUGCAAAGAUAAAGAGGGAAUGUAAGAACUUGGAGAUGCUGUAAUCAGUCAAAUAUUUCCUAACUGUAGGAACUGAUUUCCCAAAUAAUGUUGUGGCUUAGGAUUGUGAUUUAGCAUAAACCAUGUAGCAUUGUGAAAACGAUAACAGAUGAGCUGGAACCAACUCUUUGACAGCUUUGUUGUUUGGCUGUAUGGAUCUGUGAGGUUUCUUCCUUAACUUUUCAUUUACAGUUCGCAAGUAACCUGGCUUGUUACCCUAGUCUGGGUGUUGUCAUGUGGGACACAUUGGAGUUACUUCUCUUGCAUUUUGGGUGCACGUCAAGAAUUUUUCCAGAACUCUGUUCUCCCUUGGAAUGAGAAAAUAGUCCUCUAAAUACAGUGUAACAACCGGUAUUUGAAAAUAGAGGCUGGCAGCAGCGAUUAAAAGUUAAUCACUGGAUCCUGUGCAGUGGGAGACUGGAUAUAUAUAUAUAUUUUUACCAAUCUCUGACAAGCAUACAAGGUGGCAUUGUUAGACAGGUAUAUUUAAUUGAAGGUUUAUACAAGAAAUCAUACCUAUUCGAUGUACUUAGAUAUAUUAUAGAUUGUAUAUUGAGACAAUGUCAUUAUUAAUAUAGUAAAACUUUCCAUAGAACAACAGCAUCCCACUCCAAGCAAGGAUUAAUAUGAAUAAGUUGUAGUCAAACAUCUCAGCCUAUGUGUUUAGGACACUUUUGGUUUGGUUGUAGUGUAACUGUAUAUAUUGAACAUGUGCCAUAAUAGAUAAAUACAUUUUACCUCAAAGGGGCAACAGGUUUCGCUAGGGAUUGGGUCAAUCAGCUGAAAUGCAGGGGCUGUGUCUUUUUUGUUGUGUGCUGGCUGAUAUGUGUGCAGCAUGUUGUAUGCUGAGGCAACAAUGUCAUUUCUUAUUAGGACUUAACUCUGCAAUCAGAGAAGACACAGGGUGUCCACCAAGACAUCUGAAUAGUUAGAGGUAUUGCAAGAGCAUGUCCAGGCAAGGCAGGGAUUAGUUAAGAAUGCACUGACCACAGAGGAAGAGAUAGCUCACAGCAACCCUGCCUCCCAAGCACCAAGUUUAAAGAAUUUCUUCCAUCACUCCAGUGGUCACUGAAGUUUCAAAGUCACCGGUUGCAGGUCACCUCUCUUCGCCCGGGAUGAUUGCAGCUGUAAGACUUAGUAGGCUGGGAUGAGUUAAGAGAGAGUGGAGAGUGCAAUCUUGGAAGCGUGUUGUGUCAGAGUUUAGCUGUAACUCCUGUGGUAGCAGCUUUGGCAUUUCUCAGGGCUGAGACAAGCCUGUCUCUUCUAGCAUCACUCUUGAUUAGCCCAGGCAGCAGAUAGAUAAAGCUUUCCCACUUCGCAGUUCAUUAGCAGCGCUGAUAAAUACUGUAUGCCCCAGCAUGCCAUCGCAUUGCAGAAACUUGUCUGAACAAGUCAUCAACUUUCUGCUCUCCUAAUUCUAUUUUCAUGAUACAUGUUAUGAAAUACAAAGAGAACAGAUACGGUGCCUGAACAUCUUUUCAGUCUGUCCUACAAGUUUUCAGUAGUAGAAACUGUUGUAAUACUACUUCUAUGGUUUGAGAGAUUUGAAAGAUUGAUGAAUUUUUAUAUACUAUUUUAUUCAGUCUUAUUUUUCACGUACCUUGUAACAUCAUGCUGGAUAGGUGAGAUAUGUCUCUAGGGUUUGUAUAAAAGUGCCACAUUUGAAUGUAUGUUAUAUAUGCCCACACUUAUGGUUAAUGGAAUAGUAUAUUACCAUCAAACUGAUUUUUAAAUCCUUAUUAGAUAAAACUCAAACAUCAGUAGAAAUUUUCUCCUUGUAAGGGCUUCAGAUUUAGUCAGUAUUCCAUAUGUAUGCAAUCUGUGACACAGUGGUGAUCAAAAUCUUCAUGGAUGCUUCUGGAUGCAUGGGCCAAACCUUGGUGUAAACCAGCACAACGCUGAUUUUAGAGUACACCAGCUGUCUGGUCAGAAAAUGCAAAUGCCUCUUACAUCCCCACAGAGCAUCUUUGUAGGAAAGUGUAUCUGCUUAACUGUAUGAAGCUUAAAAUUUGUUUUGCAGCUUAUGAAUUUGUUUUGUUUGCAAAUCCUUUAUUUAUGCACUGAGCUGUAAUUUAUGUGAUGUUUUCUGAUGCCUGAUUUCAGCUUCAAGUUAGUGAGUAUUAAUAUAUUCUUUCCAGAAAGUGAAAGUAGGAUAUAUUAUAAUUUUGUGUAACUGGGACCUCAUCUUUCACCAAGAACAAAACUACUUUUUCAAUAAGAUCCUCACUGUUAAAGAAUUGGGCUACAGGUCUUCUUGGCUGCAGCUUUUAUUUCGCUCAAGCAAAGUCUGGCAGUGGUAACUGCAGUUGUGACAUUGGUUGGAUAAGAAUGUGAAAAUGAGUGAGAAAAAUAAUUAUCCUUUACAUGCUCUCAGUAUUCUUUGAAGGCAUUUCUCUUUUACACAUCAGGGUACAUAAAGGGUUUCCACCUUUCCCUUGCUUCUUGUAGAAAAUCUUUAUAGGUAGGUCAAUUUUUAAUAGAUUAAAUUUGGACUGAAAACUUUUUCCAAUCUUUAUUAUCAUAGGAAUUGAUGUCUAAUUUUUAUAGCAGAAUUGAAGUGCUAAAAAUAGAAUUCAAAUAUUUGGGAGGAAUUCCUCUUAAUUUCUUACCUUUGUUGUAUAUUGGGUAGAAUAAACCUUGUUGUAAUUAUGCAUGCCAAUAUGCAUAUAAAUAAAAAAUAAUCCUGCAAUAUGAGGAACUUAGUGGAAAAACUGGAUACACCUGUCCAAGCAACUAGGUGAAAAAAGGGGAGGAAAAAAAAUGUAAAAAAAUGAUAGUUUCAGGCCUUUGGCAAGAUCUAAAAAUGUCGUUUUACAUGAUGUCUCUUCCAUGAAAUGAACGUUUAAAAAUCUAUUGAAAAGUUAUGGAAACUUCCAUGCCCAAAGCCUUCCUCCUGUAAUCAGAGAUGUCAACAGUCGCUUGGCUUUCUAAAGAGAGGUAAUCAGUCCCACUAAGCUCCGACAAAUACACAGGCUCCCAAUAGUUAUUAGUUGUAAAAUAGCUUUAAGAUGUCUUUACAGAAAUGUAGAUUUACUGUAUAGCAUAUUUAAAAAUACGUUUUGCACUCUACAAACAUGCUAUGCCUAGUCACAAAAGAUUUGUAGAGACGUACAUAAACUAAACACGGAAUGAAAGAAAAUAGAAGAGAUCUCAAGAGGUCAUUGUUAUGUGAAGGAGUUUUGCUUUAAUGUCUCUCUUAAGGAAUUGGUUUAGCUCAGUACAUUGCAUGGAAUGCUCUUUGUAUUAUUUAAUCACACUCACAGCAAAGCCUAAGCACAUUACCUGACAAAAUUGUAACCUGACAGUAUUUUGUUCAUGUCUUUUAUUAUUUACCUGUUCUGUCUGGAAAUUAAAAAGUUUGCCAAGCAUCGCAAGAACUACCAUUUAGAAUUACCUGGGAAACACUUUGCAAUAAGCCUUGGUCAUGUUCCUGUUAUUACAUUGUUUCUGUUAUUAUCAGUGUAUGUAUUCGUCAAGAUUUUUGGAAAUCUCAUGUUUGGAAGAGCAUGGAAGAGAGAAAAAUUCAAAAUCAGGCUUCAGGAUUUUGUUUAGAAUAUUAAAAUGGGAUUUGAGGAGAGGCA